CCGGCGUCCGACGAUGAGUUUGGCCCCCUCCAGGGGAUGCCUCCUGGACCUGCCCUGGGAAGACAUCCUGGUUCCUCACGUCCUCUGCCACCUGCCGCUGCAGCAGCUCCUGAGCCUGCAGAGGGUCAGCAAGUCGUUCCAGUCUCUCAUCCAGCUGUACCUGGCCAACAUGCGCUGCUUCGACUCGACCCAGGUCGGACCUGCCAUCCCUCGAGCUGCUUUCGUUAACCUGCUGAAGGACAACGAAGUGCUGCAGCAGCUGGCGCUCCAGAACUGCUCCGACUGGCUGAUGGACAGGGAGCUGCUCCCGGUCAUCGGGCAGAACCACCACCUCCACCAGAUCCAGCUGAAGGGCUGCGCCCAGCUCAGCCGGCACGCGCUGGUGGCCAUCUCGCUGAGCUGCCCCAGGCUGCGCCAGCUCUCCCUGGCUCACUGCGAGUGGGUGGACAGCCUGUCCUUGCGCAGCCUGGCCGACCACUGCAAGGCACUGGAGGCUGUGGACCUGACGGCCUGUCGCCAGCUGAAGGACGAGGCCAUCUGCUACCUGGCGCAGAAGUGCGCCGGGCUCAAGUCGCUGUCGCUGGCUGUCAAUGCCAACGUGGGUGAUGUGGCGGUCGAGGAGGUUGCCAAGUGCUGCCCUGAGCUGGAGCACCUGGAUCUCACGGGGUGUCUGCGAGUCAAGAAUGACUCCAUCAGGGUCCUGGCUGAGUACUGUCCCAAGCUGCGCUCACUGAAGGUGAAGCAUUGCCACAACGUGGCCGAGUCCAGCCUGAGCAUCCUCCGGAGCCGUGGCGUGGAGCUGGACGUGGAGCCUCCACUGCAGAGGGCUCUCGUUCUCCUGCAGGACGUGGUUGGCUUUGCCCCUUUCAUCAACCUCCAGAUCUAGGACUGCUGCUGCCGGGGAGCGGGGGCCUGGCGCGAUGCUGGGACCCCGGGAGGAUGCUGGAACCGGCUGCUGCGGAGA